UUGUCGGCCAAUCAUUCCUCAGCAGCCAAGAACAUCACCCUUUUGCUCUUUGCCUUUCAAAAGCAGAUGCAAUCACUGAGAAUUCUCUCAGUAAUGAAGAGACCAAUAAUCAUUCCUUCAACCCCAUCAACUCCACCAUCACCACAAACAACUCUCCAUUCCAAGACAACAACUUUUAAAUCACUUUCUUCCAAGAAACCAAGAAAUAUUCUAACAAAUCCUACCCCAACAACAACAACAACAACAGAACAAGAACCAAUAUGGAUACCCUUAAACUUAUCAAGCUCAGAACUUUACUUACCCCUCACUUUCCCAACAGGCCAAACAUUCAGGUGGAAACAAACAGGACCCACACAGUACACUGGUGUUGUUGGUAGGUCCCAUUUGGUCUCACUAAAACAGCUUGACAAUGGUGAUGUUGGGUACCAUUUUUAUUGCACUAGGGACAAUUGUGAUGCUAGUGAUGCACUUCUUGAUUUUCUCAAUGUGGGUAUUUCUUUAAAUGAAGUUUGGGAGGGGUUUAAGGCUAAUGAUACAAGGUUUGCUGAAUUGGCUAUCCAUUUAAGGGGUGCUAGAGUACUUAGACAAGAUCCUCUUGAGUGUCUUGUUCAGUUUAUUUGCUCAUCUAAUAAUAAUAUUAAGAGAAUUACUAUGAUGGUUGAUUUUAUUUCAUCAUUGGGGAAUUAUUUGGGAGAUGUUGGAGGUUUCAAGUUUUAUGAGUUCCCUUCACUUGAAAGGCUGGCAAUGGUUUCUGAACAAGACCUAAGAGCUGCUGGUUUUGGCUACAGGGCCAAAUAUAUAGUUGGUACCGUGGAAGCACUGAAAUCAAAGCCUGGUGGAGGUACGGAGUGGCUUGCUGCACUUCGUAAAGUAGAUCUUCCUGAGGCCAUUGCUUCGCUUUGCUCUCUACCUGGUGUUGGUCCUAAGGUGGCAGCAUGUAUUGCUCUCUUCUCUCUAGAUCAGCACCAUGCUAUUCCUGUUGAUACUCAUGUGUGGAAGAUCGCGACCAGGUACCUCCUCCCUGAACUGGCAGGAACCAGUCUUACGCCUAAACUUCACAAUCGUGUGGCAGAUGCUUUUGUGAGGACAUAUGGAAAAUAUGCUGGUUGGGCUCAAACUCUGCUUUUCAUUGCGGAACUACCUUCACAGAAAGCACUCUUGAAUUCUACGGAAGAGAAGUCUCCUAAUCCCAAAAAAAGAAAACUGGGUUGGAUCACAGAGGUCCUUAAAGAAUGAUAUGCUGUGCUGGUGUUUUCAUGCUUGAAGUUAGAUUUAGUCUACGUGCAGAGCUGAUGAAGACUGUUCUUUCUAGUUCUCACCAUUUGAGGCAUGACAAAAUGCAUCUAGCUGGCGAGAAUUUUACAUGAAGUCUCUGUGCCAUAAUUAUUUGAUUGGUGGCGACUUACAGCCUAAAUUUUGUAAGUUGGGUCUUUGUUAUUGUCCUCCGUUAGUUCCAAUUUGAACGUUGAGGCCGCUAAAGUCUCACAUAUUUCAAAUGUGUAGGACUUCCUUCUGUAAGAAUGUAUUAAUUUGCAUUAACAUGUCGUGUGUUAAAUUGAUUAAAGGCUUCAAUUUGUAUUGUGAUUA